CCCACCGGCUGGGCGCUUCCGAGGCGUCUCCAUCAGAAAGCAAACUUUUCCCUGCGAGAUGUCAGGACCUAGUCGGUCCCCGGAGCCGGCCAGACACAGUUUGAUAGAUGAAGCUAAGGCUCGCUUAAAAAAGCAUGAUGUUGGGACCAAAUAUUCUCACUUGGCGUCUAACAAAUUCUCUGUCCUUUUACCAUUGUUGGUAAAAGAAGGAAAACUCUACCUGUUGUUCACCCUCCGGUCAGAGAAGCUAAGAAGGUCACCUGGAGAAGUUUGUUUCCCCGGAGGCAAAUGUGAACCUACAGAUGUGGAUGAUGUGGCCACAGCUCUCCGGGAAGCCCAGGAAGAAGUAGGGCUACAUCCUCAUCAGGUGGAUGUUGUCUGCUGCCUGGUGCCGUAUCUGUUUGACAGAGAUACAUUGAUAACCCCGGUUGUAGGAUUUAUAGACCACAACUUCCAGGCCCAGCCUAAUCCCGAUGAAGUUAAGAGUGUGUUUUUGGUGCCUCUAGAAUAUUUCCUACAUCCGCAUGUCUACUACCAGAGCUACCUGACAUAUAGUGAUCAUCAUGUUGUUAUUCAUUGCUUUGAGUACACAAACCCUGAAGAUGGUGUCACUUACCAUGUCAAGGGAAUAACUGCAAAACUAGCCCUGUUCCUUGCCUUAAUUAUUUUGGGGAGAAAACCCAUCUUUGAAAUGGAGUUUAAUCUCAAUGACCUAAUUUCAUCCUCUGAAGAGAAUUUCCUGAAACUUCAUAAACAUGCUACAAGCAAGUUGUGAUUUGUGAGACCACCACCCAAAUAACUAAGAGGAUUUUAUGGGUGCUGAUCCAGAAGAACAACAACAAUGCAAGCUAUUGGAAUUUGACAGGUGCAGCUCUUUUUCCUGCAAUAUGAAGACCAAAAACUUUGACUUUUUCCCUACUUGCCCUGUAUUAGCUGAAAGAGCAAAAAGUCUUUCAAAAGUGGAAAAAUGUGUUCAUAGUGUUGCAUCAUUUCACCCACAACAUGUCAGUAUUUGUUCUACACAUGUAAGGAAAGGUAUCUGGCACAAAGUAGGCACUUAAUAAAUAUUUGCUGGAUAUAUGAAUGACCCUGUGGCAUUUAUUUUAUUCAUGAGAGGUAAUAUCUCUUUCUGUCUGUUGUUACAUGUGACUAGAAACUUCUGGCUGGCCAUUAGGAUCUAUCCACCUUUUCCUCCCUGGCAGUAGAGUCGAAGCUAAGCUCCUAUCUCCCUAGGAAGAAACUGCAUUACCCAGGAUCCCCUGCAGUUAAAUGUGUCUCUGGAACUUAAUUUGGGCCAAUGGGAUGUGAGUAAAAUUUGGUCUUGCAGGUCAUCUCUAAGUGAAGAGAUAAGCCUCUCCCCUUUCCAGGAGCUGCAACAUGGAUUUAUCUGCAAACCAGCCUUGACCGUACAAGUGAGGACAAUUCCUAGGGGGAUGGCAGGACCCAAAGGUGGUAGGAGUUUGGAUUUCUAAAUGACUCUGG